UCCGUGUAAUUUCCAAGAUGGCCGCGUGCGUCGUGUAAACAUGCGACACAAUUUUGUCGCGCACAUUGCAGCUAUGUCCAUAUCUGUAAACAUGUUUUCGAACUAGUCUUUUCUGUACUAUUGUAUAUUUUGUGUUUUCCGUUUUGUAUUUUGGCGACGACAGUGAAAGCAGUUCGUUGGUGAGUUAUUUUCCAGCCAAAAAGGCUAGAAUCAGCGUGCUAACAUUAACGAGGCAGUAGAGAACCAUGCCAGCACAGACUUUGUAUGUCGGUUCGCUGCCAGAAUCGGCUUCAAACGAACGCCUUGAGGAGAUUUUUUCCGAGAUUGGUCCUGUCAAACAGUGCUUCGUGGUCAAAGACAAAGGCGUAGCAAAAUGUCGAGGGUUUGGCUAUGUCAUAUAUGCCAUGGAAGAAGAUGCACAGCGAGCACUGAAAGAAAUAAAUGAUUACGAUGGAAAGAAGCUUCUUAUUUCAGUGGCUAAGAAGAAAUUGAAAAACACGAAGAAAACAGCUACAAAAGAUGCAGAACCACCACCACCGCCAAAAAAGGAAACUGGCGAGAAAUCACAAAACUUAAAGAAGCACAACUUGAAAGCUAGACUCAUCAUUAGGAACCUCAGUUUCAAGUGCUCUGAGGAUGAUCUGAAGCAGGUUUUCGCAGAGUUUGGGUCAGUUCUUGAAACUAAAAUCCCCCUCAAGCCAGAUGGUAAGAUGCGAGGAUUUGCAUUUGUUCAGUUUAAGACUGUGUGCGAGGCAUCCAUAGCACUUCGAGCCAUGAACCUGAAGGAGAUAAAAGGUCGGCAAGUGGCUGUUGACUGGGCUGUGCCGAAGGACAAGUAUGUUGCCAUGCAGGCAACCUCCAGUGCAAGGACGACUGCAACUGAAGGCAGCUCUACAAUACAAUCAGAGUCUCAGUCUGAUGACGAAGACGGAGACGAGGAAAAGAAUCAAGCCGCCAGUAGCAAGGUUAGCGCUAAAAAAUCUCCACCACCAAUGGAGGAUUCGCAGUCUGAUGAUGAUGAUGAUGAUGAUGAUGAUGAUGAUGAAGAACAAGAAGAAGACAGUGAAGAUGAGGAUGUUGAUGACAAAGAGUCCCAGGAGGGAGAAGAAGACAACAACUCCGACCAUAGCCUCGAUUCAGCCGAAGAUGCUGAUGGCAGUGAUGAUGACGAUGAAGCAGAAGAUGACAAAUCGGUUCAAAAGAAAACAAAGAAGCCGCUCCCUUCGGACGUGCAAGAGGGCAGAACAAUUUUUAUCAGGAACCUGUCCUUUGACACAGAGGAAGAAGGCUUGGAAGAAGUUCUCCUCCAGUACGGAGAACUGAACUACAUAAAGAUUGUUUUCCAUCCAGACACGGGACAUUCAAAAGGUUGUGCGUUUGCUCAGUUUAAAACAAAGGAGGCGGCAGACAGAUGCAUAGCUGCAGCACAGGAUGAAGCAGCGACUAGCGGCAUCCAGCUGGAUGGUAGAAAGCUGCUGAUUGUGGCUGCAGUGAGCAAAGAUGACGCAGCCAAGCUGAAGGUCAAUAAUAAAGUCAAAGUGCAGACGGGCACCAGGAACUUGUAUCUGGCCAGAGAAGGACUGAUCCGUGCUGGAACCACAGCUGCAGAGGGUGUGCCUGAAGCAGACAUGAUCAAGAGAGCCAGAUUUGAAGAAGUAAAACGAACAAAGCUCCGGGACAUUAGUGUCUUUGUGUCCAAGACUCGUCUAUGCGUCCACAACUUGCCAAAGUCGGUAGACGACAAAAAGCUGCGGGCGCUGUGUCUCCAAGCAGUGAAGGAACCCAAAGGAGUGCGGAUACCAGAGUGUCGCAUCAUUUAUGACAGGAAGCCCGAGAAGGGUCAGGUGAUGGGCCAGUCUCUAGGUUAUGGCUUUGUCCAAUUUCAGCAGCACGAACAUGCUCUCGCUGCACUUCGCUACCUCAACAACAACCCCGACAUCUUUGGCCCACAUAAGAGACCCAUUGUCGAGUUUUCUCUGGAGGAUUCUCGGAAGCUCAAAAUAAAAGAAAUGCGCCGACAAAAAAACAAGGAACAUUACAAAAAACAGACUGGAAAUGUCGGCAUGACACCUCAGCCUCAGACAAGCAGAGAGGGGAAAGGAAGCAAACAUUUUGGCACUCAAGUUAUGUCCUCAAUGCAGCAGACUGGAAAGAGAAAAGCUCAUCAUGACAACCAAAGGCCCAACACACACUGCGGUUUCCAGACCAAGCCUGAGGUGGAGCACGUCGAUUUGGAUAACGGAAAGAAACGGAGGAAAGUUCUGUUGUUCCCUUCCCACCGGGGGCCGAAGAUCAGAAUGCGCGACAAAGGGAAGCAGAGGGCUCCGCCCCCCAAGAAAGCACGGCAAAGAGGCAGCAGGAAAGAACACCAGAAACGACUAAUGGAGAAGCCCACACAGCCAAGAACUCAGAAGAGUAAAGCUCCAAAGAAGCAUUUUGGGAGCAAGGGCGGGGACCGUUUUGACAACCUGGUGGAGCAGUACAAGAAGAAACUUCUCUCUAAAAGUGAGAAAACCUCCGGUAUGAGAAACAGCAAGUGGUUUGAUAGUUAGUUACCGUAAUUUAAACAUGUAUUUGGAGACAAGAUACCGUAAUUCCAGUGAUGGUGAUUUUAAUAAUAUACUGUCAAUUGUACAAUAUAUUUGUAUGAAACUUUGCUUUCAACUACUGUAUGUUGUCGCCACCACCAGUGAAUCAAACUAAUGCAAGAGUUUUACUUGUCAGCGGGCUUUUUAUUAAAUAUAUCAAAAACAAUUGGGUCUGCAUGAUUUCAUUGACAUUUACAUAGAGCCGUUUUGAAAACCCCCUUAACAUUUGAAAAACUCACUUUAUGAAACAUGUUUUUCCUUAAAUAGUUAUACAGUGUUUAUAAAAAAGUACAGUAAAAAAUAUACAAAAUGCAUAUUUUAAGGUUAUAAAUAGCAAUACUGGAAGAGCUGGUGAUAUUGCACCUAGGCGGAAGUUAACCUUUCCUCUACCUGCUUCAAACACUCAUGAUGUCACUGCAGAACCACGACUGACUUCAUGCAGUUCAUGUGUUUUUUCCUAUCAUAGAUAAGCAUUUAGAAUUUACUGCAGCUCUCUUGGCAAUACAACUUAAAACAGCUAAAUGCAGCAUAUAAAUAGAUCCCAGUAUUUAAAUAAGUGCGUGCUAAAGAUGAUUAUGUCAGUCUUUCAGCAUUUCUCCAGCUGGUCCAUGUUCUGCAGUAGCUGGCCGAGGAGCUCCUUCACUCUCAUGAGAGCUUCAAUGCUCACGGUGAGGUUAAAGGCUCGCUGACUCUGCAGCCGCUGCAGUGGGACCGAUACGAGAGGUUUGGGCUUGGACUUGGUGUCGUUGCAGUGGCCCUGCUUCCACUGCACCAGGUAACCCUUUAAGGAGGAAAUGUCCGUCUUCACCUGGGAUAUGUUCAGGGAGUCUGAGAUGAGGCCGUUGUAGCCGUCCAAGAGUGCCACCACCGAGGAGAGCCCGUCCGGUUGGUCUGUGGGCGGCGUCAAUGUCAUGCUAUCAGGAACCUGCACUUCGAUGACAACAAUCCAUCAAGCUGCUCAGCGAUACGCUUCACUUUGGUUUUCAUCUUCAUGGCUUCCACCGGCAGAGCAGCAGCUGUGGUCACACUGAGCAUGUGGGAGGACACCAGGACGGCCAAGGUGAUGUAGUCCAUGUUUACUCACUUUUUUAUCUGGCAAGAAAUCCCAACAUGAUUAGAUAUGAUGCAGGUUAGUUUACACUCCUUCAGCCCCAUAUUUUCUUUUUACUCAGAACUGUCAGGUCACGUCACGUCCGCCUUCCUAAUGCCCAUUUACUCAACGCUGUGCUUGCAAAUAUUUGAGAUACUCCUACAGCUGCAAAUAAAUGAUUACAAGUACAAAGAUCACUUCUGCUGAGGUCGUGCUAUCCUAAUUUGGUUCAACAGCCAGUUGUACAAAGAUAAACCUUUUUUGCAUACACGUUCAUGUACAGAUACAUGUACAAUACUGCAAUGUAUAAAUGUUAUCAUUAUCAGUAAUUGUUGUAUGAAUCAUGUUAUUGGCAUUAUCAUUAUUUUAUUUUGUAUUGAGUAAUUUUAUGUCAAGAUUCACAGUUCAAAAAUAACAAAAGGUAACAAAAGGUCUACAAAAAAAUAAAAUGUUAUUUCCUGGAUCAUGCUGCAGCAUGUAAUUCAUGCGUGAAAUUUCCUUUUUAAAAUUUACAUUUUAAAAUGUUAUUUAAUGAUAUGCAAUUUAUUAAAAAAAAAAAAAACACAACUACGGGUACAUAAAAUGGACCACACCAAGGUCCUAGAAGAUGCUAUUUCUGCAAAGUAGUUGUAUAUGACUAUAAAUAAAUAAUACAAUUAUUUGAUUUAUUUUCAAUUUAUCAUCUUAUUUGAAGAUGUAACUGAAAUACAUAAGGUUCUGGAGGACUUAAUUUCUUUAACUCGACUGCAUAAUAAUGAUAAUACGUAAUGAUAAGUACAAUAGAAAAUGCAGACAAUAAUCAAAAUGAUUUUGAAUGCAGAUAUUUUUCUAAUUAGCAGUGGAAUCAGGUACUAAAUAUUAAAACAAAAAACAAUCACCUUAGGCACAUGACUUAUUUUUCCCAGUCAUGCAUUACUUGGAGAGAGAGUGUUUAAAAAUGAUGACUAACUUAUCAACUAAGUAACAGAUGGUAACAAGGCUUUUCACCACUAGGAUUCUUUUACACAUCAAGCCAACAUCCAAGCAUCCCACAAAA